AUGGUAACAGAUUUAAGCUCCUGCCCCAGUAACCCCGUCUCGUUCUCCAAAAAAGGCUGCAGAGAAGCAAAGGGCUGCGGCAUCCUCUGCUGCUUCAGAGCGAGCUGGAAGAACCAUCUUCCGAGGGAGCAGCACGAGUGGCUUGGGCGUGCCAUGUUUAAGAGGGACACGGCAGGGAGGGCUGUACUUACUGACAGCCUUCAAAUGUGGUGGCAUCCUCCACCACCACGCCCUGUGCAUCAUCAGCCCCCAUCUUCACCUGACAGCUUCUUCACCCGACCUUUCUGUCUUUGGAUGCCCUACCGCAUGUGGGCCUUCAAGCUCUUGUGCGUGGAACCCGACUGCAAACGGGCAGGUCAGCGGCUGACAUCAUGCGGCCUCUACAAGACAGUCAGGAAGGUGCUGGACUUAGACAGCUGGUACUACAUGGCCACAGAGUAUCUGGAAUGCCGUCGUUGUCGGAAGAAGGUGGCAGCGUGGUCACAGGACGUUCUGGAGCAACUGGACCCUGCACAUCGUGCUAGGUUUCCUGCUAUCCUCACGUACAGAUUGUCCUGUGACAUCAAAGUGGUCCGGCUGAUGAGACAGAGGUCCCUCGGCAACAGCGUCUCCAUGCUUUACCAGCAGCUGAGAGAGCAGCACAGUGAGGCCUGGAUGACAAGAACUCUGCAGUAUCUUGCAGAGUGUAAAAAGUUCCAGGUCCCAGGUGCUGCGGUUAAGCAUGUGGCGGAUCCACCGGCGAUGUUGCCUAUCCCCUCCCCUCACUGGCUCCUCACGGUCCACGCAGAGGAUGUCCGUACUCGGAUCGGUGAAAUGAAGGCCAGGGUGACCUCCAUCUUUGGAUCCAUUUUAAAAAUGGAUUCAACAAAGAAGGUUACCAAGAAGCUGGCUGGAGUUGCAGGUGGGACAGCAGCCUGGGUCACAAACAUAGGCAAUGAGCAUGGGCAGGUGCUCAUGUCCGUGCUUACUGCUUGUGAAGCUCCUGUACGUGGACAGGGACUGCUGCUCUGGAGCUGGAAUGUCCAGGACUGCGGCAAGCUGGUCAUCAGGCUGGAUGUGUGGCACCUGAUGCGAAGAUUCGCAAUAGGCGUCACCACUGACAGUCACCAGCUGUACGGCCUCUUCAUGGCAAAGCUCUCCGGCUGCAUUUUCGAGUGGGAUGCAGAGGAUGUGGCUCGUCUGCGGGAGGCUGUUCAGUCGGAGUUGGAGCAGAAGCAGGGUGUCGUGGGCCUGACGGAGGACAAGCUCAACCAACAUCUGACCGCAAAGAUGCUUGCUCGACACUGUCGCCGCCGCACACGUGGUGCAGAGGAGACAGAGGAGCUCAUCGGUCAGCUGCUGGCUGCGUUCAGUGAUGUCAGGGACACGAUGGGCAUCCCCCUGCUGGAUGCUGAACGGAUGGGCGCUAUUUGGGACACCCAGCGUCAGCACAUGCGUUGCAUCCAGGAUCCUCCAGGACUCCAGCUCUACCACAAAACUGGCCAACUGACCAAGGGAGGAGUCAUCCUUCCUGUCUACCGCUGUGCACGGGGCUCCACCUCCCUGGAGUCGUUUCAUUACCACCUCAACAGCUUCAUUCCUGGAACCUCUGCAAAUGCAGAGAACUUCCAGGCAUAUCUCCUGGAAGGGUUGGUGAGGUGGAAUGAGGACCGUGCAGCAGCAAUAGACAGGGUGGAGCCUGUGUUGCGCUGCUACAGUGGUCAGAUGCAGCACAGCCUUAACCAGCUCAGCCAGCAGCUGCUUGGCCGGAGCCUGGUUGAGGACUGCACAAAACCUGGAGAGUACACAGGGGAGCUGAUCGGUGUGGAGUACCUUUACUCUCAGCAGUGCAAGGAGUUGAGGGAAGACAUCGGUCGUGACCCUGACUCUCCAGAUGGCACCCCAGACAGUGCUCCAGACUGGCAGGAUGAGGGAUUUGAAGAGGAGUACAGUGGGACAGAUGAGAUCGACCCCACGGUUGCCCCUCUGUCUGUUGCUGAUCCCCCCCACAGCCUGUUCUCUGUCCACUCUGAAGGAGCUGAACCUCAAGUGCCAGAAGACACCUCGGCAGAUCCUGUCCUGCCCUCACCAGCAACAUCAGGGGUGGACGAUGAUGUGUUCAGAGGGCCUGAUGGAGCUCCUGGGUAUGACCGGGUGGUCAGGCUGGCCAGGUACUUGGUCAGCAUACGAGAGGAGGACUGGAUCUCUGAACGGCAUGUUACAGAGAUUACAGCCCUCUGGAACAGUCUGGCUGAAACCGACCAGCAGCGUGUCUCGUAUCUGCCGAGACACAAAGAGCGUCUCAUUCAGGGUCGCUUUAAGGCCAGCCACACGAAGACCUCUGUCUGUAGUGGGACGGAAAGCUUGAAGCGCUCUUUGCUGGGCCAGGGCACAGGGCCUGCGCAGUGGCCACACGCAAGCCGCCUGGUGGAGGCCAUCUGUUUGGAGCUGUGUGCGAUUUAUCCUCAGGGCCAAAAGAUUGCAGGUGUGAGGGUAAAUCGCUGGGGUGUCAUCCUGCGGGAGUACAGCAGGAUAAAGAGGCUGGUUUUGAGCAAUCCUGGGCUCAUGGAAGCAACAGGACUUCAACUCUUUGAGCUAAACCAGCGAACGCUCUCUGUGUGGUACAACAACUGGCAGAAGAAGCAGGAGCUGACCGUGUUGUCGAAGGGGAUUCCUCUACCACUCCCCAGCCUGACAUCCCCCACCCCACUGCCUGAGCCUAGACAGGUUCCUGUUAAAACCGAACACCCGAGGCCUUUGGUCUUCCCGUCACCUCCGGAUCUGUCUGGACAGGCUGUGCAGCGAGGACAGCAUUCUGCCACACUCCCACCCUGCUACACCACUACACCAUUGCCACCUCAGCCUGCUAUUCCCACGCCACCUGCACCUCUGCUUCCAAAUCCCACUUUGCAACCUGCACCUGUGCCGCCACAUCCUGCCUUCUCCACUCCAUCUGCUCAGCCACCAAAAACGUGGAGCAGGACUACUGAGUGGAGGAGAAGAAAGGCAGCUGAAGCAGUGGCAAAGCAACACGGCAUCCCAGUCUCUCCUCACUCCACACACGUUCAUUACAUUUGUAAGCUGUGUGGAAAACCAAAGACAAGAGAGUUUGGACACAGCCGGAUAGGGAACAGAUUCUUCUGCUCCACAGCAGAAGGUAAGACUGUAGAUGAGUGGAGAGCGGAAGUGGAAGACAGUGAGAACGAACACUGAAAGUGAAUGUGACUUUGAUUGUAAUUAUUAUUAUUGUUAUUAUUAUUGUUGUUGUUGUUUCCUAUCACCGCUGCUUUACCUACUUUUAAAUGUCAUUGUUAUAUAUAUAUAUAUAUA